AUGCCUAAGAGACGAAACAUACCCGGUGGCCCCGAGCCCUCGAGCAAAAAAGCCGUGAAAAAGUCAAAGAAAAACGCACCCGAGGAAGAGUUCCAGAUGCCCGGUGUGAUUGAAAAGCUAUUUACUGGCGAUAUGUUGCAAGAUAUUCAGCUCUGGGCGAAGCAGAAGCUCAGUGGAAAUGAUGAUCUCAUCAAGGACACCGCGCAGACUUUUGACGAAUGCAAGGAUGAAAAGGAUGAGUGGAAUUUAAUUCAAACUAUGGCCAGCGCUCAAAAUUUCAAACAGAAAAUCGAGCUGGAAUGCCACAACCGGGUGAUUGAAUUUCUGAAAGGCCGAGAAGCAUACUCCAAGAAUAAGGCGAACCGGGAUGAAGAAACAUGGCAGUCUCUGGGUGAAGUCGAACGCAAAGGCAGGGACUACCAGAAAGACAUACCAGGAUGCUGGGCUCGUGUCGAGGCAAGAUUUGGAGCGGAGACAAUGGCGCUGCUUCAGGGACUAGGCUCGGGCAGGCACCAUGCAAAGACCUGUUCAGCUAUGGCUGGGAAAGCUGACUCGUGGGAUACCUGGAGGAAAAGGAUCAACAUGGAAGUUUACGCUCGUGCCAAGAACAGGAAGCAAGGACAAUCCGCGAGUAUAGUCUGGUUUCCGGUCGACAUUAAAAGAGCCACCGACCAGAAGAAGGCCCCCAAGAUGCUGACAGCGGAAGAACUUGAUGCGAUAGCAGCGGUUAUCGAUGACAAGGGAAUAAUCAGAGCGAAAGAGACGCAGGAGAAGCAAGCUUGA